GUGAUAAGAGUGUUAUACAAAGGUGUUUGUCACUAACACAUGUUCCCGCUGAUGGUGGCACUAGUUUGUUAGUGCAUUAAUCGCUGGGGUAACAAAACCCGGGCCGCCGGUGUGACUCCAUCCUCCCCCACAACGGAACCGCCCGUGGUGAGUCGACCCAACGCCGUCCGCAACACCUCGGCCCGGGCAGGCGCCGUGUUAUGGUCCCCCGUGUAACGUCCUCUUAUCCAUCAACAUUCCCUCCUUUUUGCAACGCAGAACUUCCACUUCAUCUCGACUUCCGUAUCUUCUGAUUCCAUUGACCUGUCCGUCACUGUGCUCGAUACAACCCUCCCACGUGCACCGACCCGUCAACAUGGCCUUCUCGCAAUUUCAACCGAUUGGCGCACUCACCGGCGUUAGCUUCGCUAUCUCAUCCUCAAAAGUUCUCCGUUUGGCUGAUGAGAACGGACCCGAGCCUCCGAAAGACUCCACCGUGCUGUUACCUACGAUGACAACGAUAGAUGGAAUGGAGGGGACAGUGUCAUCGACUACGUCCACCGACUGUCAAUCAGUCAAGAUCAUGUUCGACAUCCUCAUCAUCGGCGCCGGUCCUAGCGGCCUUUGCGCUGCCAAAACCUUUCUUCAACACAAUCCAACUACCAACAUCGUCAUCCUCGACAGCCACUCGACCGUAGGAGGAGUCUGGUCCAAGGAGAGACUCUAUCCCACCCUCCGAACCAACAAUCUGUACCCUACCAUGGACUUUAGUGAUUUCCCCAUGAAGGACGUUGGCAUCGGCCGUCCAGGCCAUCACAUCACCGGCGAGGAAAUGCAUGCCUACCUGACCGCAUACGCCCACCACUUUGAUCUGAUGAAACGAAUCCGCUUCAACACUCGAGCUGUCCGAGUUCAUCAAGUUCAAGAAGCAGCCCCUUCAAGUGACGACGGCUGGAAGGUAGACGUACAUGAACUGGGCAACCCAACCACCACAACAACACUAAAAGCCAAAAAACUGGUCAUGGCCACCGGCAUCCUCGGCGUCCCCAACAUGCCCUCCCUCAAAGGCAGCGAAACCCUCGACGCACCCCUUUUGCACUCCUCCGCCCUCGGCCCUCGCUACCAAGACGUCCUUCAAAACCCCCACAUCAACCGCAUCGCAGUCCUCGGCGGUUCCAAAUCCGCCUACGACACCGUCUACCUCGCCGCCACGACCGGCCACAAAGUCGACUGGAUCAUCCGCAAAUCCGGCCGUGGUCCCUCAUGGGUCUUUCCCUCCCACACCAAGAUCGGCCCCUUCAAAGCCUGGCGCGAGAAGCUCGUCACUCGACGGAUUUUCACUUUCAUGUCUCCUUGUGUCCUUCCCGACCACUCCGGCAAACACAUCAGUUGGAUCCGCGACUUUUUGCAUACCAACAAGGUCGGAAAAGCCAUGACGAAACGCUUCUGGAAGAUCCUGCACGCCGAUACCAUCCGAGAUUGUUGUUACCGCGAAGGAAAAGCAGAAAAAGACAAGAACUUUAGUCUGCUAGAACCGAAUCACAGCCCCUUUUGGUACGGGACCAGCUCGGGGACGCUCAACUACGAGCAGGACUUCAAGGCCUUAGUCACCAGUGGACAAGUGACUGUCCACCGUCAAGACGUUUCUCAUCUCAGUCCACACACCAUCCACUUCUUCGCCGAUGACGCUGGUAAAGAAACCCUGACCGGCAUCGACGCCCUCAUCUGCGCAACCGGAUACUCACCCCAACCACCCGUCGACUUCUUUCCUCCGGAACUACACUUCCACCUCGGCAUCCCCACCACGACUGACUCCCUCUCCAACCAACAAAAAGCCAUCUGGGCAACCUACGACCAAGAAGCAGAUGAAGUCAUAACCAAGCGAUUUCCCCAACUCAUUCCACCACCACCAUCCAUACCCACACUCACACCCACCUCUGUUCUCUGUUCCCCCAAGACCCAAGAGUCCAAGCAAUACACCCCCUGGCGUCUCCACCGCGGCAUCGCCCCUCCAACCCUCACAACAUCCCACACCCGCAACUCCCUCGUCUUCCUCUCCAUGCACAGCAACAUCACCAACAUCCCCCGCAUCGAACUCCAAUGCUUAUGGUCCCUCGCCUACUUUCACGACAAAAUCAAAGACACAGUAGUCUCUCAACAAGUUCUCUACAAGGACACCGCCCUGUUUCAGCGAUGGUGUCAGCUUCGAUCUCCCUUGGGACACGGGAGGCAGUACCCGGACUUGAACUUUGAUCAGUUGCCUUAUUGGGAUUGGUUGGUGGCUGAUUUGGGAUUAAAAGUCAGGAGGAAGAAGAGUGUCUGGAAAGAACUGGUUAGUCCGUAUGGAAGUGAGGAUUAUAGGGGGUUGGUGGAGGAGUGGAUUGAGAAAUAUGGGAUUAAUAAGGGGAAGGGGGGUGAACAGGUGAGGAGGGAGAGCGAGAAAAGGCCGUGA